UGUAAAAGUGGUCGUAAGAUGUUUGGUUUUUUAUUGUGAUAUGAAUAUCAAAUCAGUAUUUUAUUAAAAUAUUAAAACAAUUUAUUAAAAGUAUACAGAGCGAGUUAAUUUAAUAUUUAAGCGUCUUGCGAAUAUCUGCAAGUUUUGAAGAAAUGGCCUCAGAAGUUGAAACUCCAGAAGUGCAAGAGAAAUCUAAAAAGCCUUCAGAUUCGGCUUUUAAGCAGCAGCGGCUUCCUGCAUGGCAGCCAGUGCUAACGGCUGGCACUGUAUUGCCAACAUUUUUCGUAAUUGGAAUUCUGUUCAUACCUGUAGGAGUGGCAUUGCUAUACUUUUCAGAUGAAGUUAGCGAAUUUGUUUACGACUAUACCAACUGCAAAAGGGUUGGAUAUAACAUGACCUGUGCAGAAUAUUUGACUACUAAUUACAAUGGAUCUUGUAAUUGUGAAAUUGAAUUUGAACUACCAAAGCAAUUUACAGGAAACGUUUAUAUGUAUUACGGCCUUAGUAAUUAUUAUCAGAAUCAUCGCCGUUAUGUAAAGUCUAGGGAUGAUGAACAGUUAUUGGGCCGCUUGUCGUCAAGUCCAUCGUCAGAUUGCAUACCAUUCGCUUAUGUUGAAGAAAAUGGUGGAGAUAUACCUAUUGCGCCGUGUGGAGCCAUCGCUAAUUCGCUUUUCAACGAUACCUUAAAACUGAAAUUCGAUGGAAAAGAAGUGCCACUACUUAAUACCGGCAUUGCCUGGCCCUCCGAUAAAAACAUUAAAUUUAAAAAUCCACCAGGAAAUUUAACUGUGGCACUACAACACUUUAGUAAGCCAAAGUUUUGGCAAAAAGAACUUUGGGAACUGGACCCUAAAAACCCUGACAAUAAUGGAUUCCAAAAUGAAGAUUUAAUCGUUUGGAUGCGUACAGCAGCUUUGCCCAGUUUUCGUAAACUUUAUCGACGAGUUGACCAUUCCAAAUCAGGUUAUCAAAAUGGUUUGAAUAAGGGUUCCUAUACACUUGAAGUAGUUUAUCAAUACCCUGUGACGUCAUUUGAUGGUUCUAAGAAAAUGAUUUUAUCGACGACGUCUCUACUUGGCGGUAAAAAUCCAUUCCUUGGCAUUGCAUACAUUGUUGUCGGAUCCAUAUGUCUAGUGCUUGGUGUAGCAUUGUUAUUCAUACAUAUCAAAUGCAGCAAGAGCACUACGGAAAUGAUCAACGUUAAUCCGCGCACACCCUAUUCGUAAUCGCAGCACAAUUGAGCGAGCCUGAGGUCGCUGUAAUGCUUAUCUCAAAUUAAUUUUGAUGUAUGGACGUAGUUUGAGGCUUUAAAAGGCAAUACAUAGUUAAUAUAAAUGGUUUAAAGCUAUAAUUAGCAUAACUGUAGAACAUUCAAGUUUGCGAAAUUUGUUAAUAUUUAUUCAUUCUUUCACUUUCAUUUAUUUUCAAACUACAUACAUAUGUAGAAUUUUCUAAAUAUCUUUACCUAAAUUAUUCUUUACACGACGAUUUUGUUUUUGUUUUUAAUUGUACCUGUUUACCAAUGUAGUCCUCGCUUAAAAUAUUUUAAUAAAAUAAUUAACGAAAUAAAAAUA